UGUAUGACAACAAUGGAAAGUGCGGCAGGGAAAAUUUUACAACGUGCUGUUGAAAUGGAUCAAAAAGAACAAUAUACAAUGGCUUUAGUACUUUAUCAGGAGGGAUUGGAAAUUCUUGUGAAUUCUAUUAAAGAGACUACGGAUCAAACGAAGAAGAAACAUUUUAAAGAGAGAGCUGAGCAGUACAUGGACAGAGCGGAAAGAAUAAAAUGUUUAAUUGAAGACAAAAAAUCGCGUGGAAAAUAUCGAGAGCAAAUAAAAAUUGAAAAUGGCUCAUCUGGCUAUGGUUAUGGAUCUGUUUUUGGUCGAUUUUUAGACGCCGGUGUCACUCAAAUUCAUAUAGAAGAUCCAUAUGUUCGAACUUUUCAUCAGUGUCAGAAUUUAGUAAGAUUUUGUGAAUUGGCCGUACAGAAGUGUCAUUCACUUUCGAAGAUAAAAUUAAUAACGACAAAGGAAUCAACGGAGGAAGUAAAACAUCAAAUUGCAAGAUUGGAUGAACUGGAAAAAAGUUUAUUGAAACGAUCUGUAAAUUUAAUGAUUGACUAUUCGGAGACUUUACACGAUCGACGAAUUAUAUUGAGUAAUGGAUGGGUCAUUAAAAUAGGAAGAGGUCUUGAUUAUUUUAAAGCCCCCGAAGGAAAAUUCUCUUUAGGAGCUUGUGACUUAGAACUUAGAUUAUGCCACGAAACGAUUAUUGACAUCUAUCAUCAAAGUCAUUUACAAGACUCGAUCAAUUAAUAUUGUAAAAUAAUAAAUCUUAUUUAGCACACUAAAUAUUGGAUUGUAUUUUAUGAAUUAAACUAUAUACUUUUUUACAAUAA